CAGUGCGGGCGGGCGCGCGGGGCGCGGGGCCGCGGUUUAAAGGGGCCGCAGCGCGGGGACCCCGGAACCCCCCGGUUGCCCCCGGGACCCCCCGGGACCCCCCGCGACACCCCCCGGGACCCCCGGGACACCCCCGGCCCCAGCAUGGUCUGCGGAGGCUUCGCCUGCUCGCGCAACGCGCUCUGCGCGCUCAACGUGGUUUAUGUGCUGGUGGGGGUGCUGCUGGUGGCCGUGGCGGGCUGGGCCCGCGGGCUCGCCGUGGGCUCGGGGCCGCCGCUGCUCGGCGGGGCCGCCGCCGUCGGGGCGCUGCUGCUGCUGAUCGCCGCGCUCGGGCUGCUCGGCGCCCUGCGGCACCACCAGGUGCUGCUGUUCUUCUACGUGCUGAUCCUGGGCCUGGUGUUCCUGUGCCAGCUGGGCGUGUCCUGUGCCUGCCUCGCCCUGGGCCGGGGGGCUCAGGAGCGGCUGCUGCAGUCGGCCUGGCCCCUGCUGAGCGGGGGGGCGCGGGGGGAGCUGCAGCGCCGGCUGGGCUGCUGCGGUUUGGGGGGGCCCCCCGGGACCCCCCCUCCUGCCAGCGCCCCCACAGUGAGCCAGCCCGGGAUGGAGCCCCCCUGGGAGCCCCAAAACUGCCCUGCUAGGUGCCAGUUCCCCCCGGGGGGAGCCCCCCCGUGCCCCCCCUGCGCCCCCCAACUGCUGCAGCACUCGGACCAGGCCCUCAAGAUUUUGGGGGGGGUCGGGCUGUUCUUCAGCUUCACCGAGGUUUUGGGGGUCUGGCUCGCGCUGCGCUUCCGGAACCAGCGGGACCCCCGCGCCAACCCCGGCGCCUUCCUGUAGGGGGGGUCC